GUAGUACAAUACAUUAUCAUAGCGACGCACACGCAAAAUCUACAGUGUAACUCAAUGAAGCAUACUACUACCUUACCAACGUUUACCCGUUAGAUCUUUGAUAGCAAACUAAUGAGAUGUCUAUGAGAUGUGGAUGUGGUAAUGCUAGAUAUAGAUAUACCUGUAGAUAUAAAUAUACGACAGAAAGAUAGAGCCGACAAACAGACAAUACAACAGUACAACAGUACAACAAAUACACAAUUCCCAGACACACGCCCCUGACCUAACGCCGUAUAUCCUAUCCUGUCCUAUCCUUUGCGUCAAACUAGGAUGGAUAGUAAUGCCGAUGCCGAUGCCGAUGCCGAUGCCGUACAAUGUAAACAUUUCUUCCUUCUUGUCACAGGGAGCAAACACUCCCUUCCUCCCCGUCCAUCGCCUUUUUUCUCACAGGAGAAACCUCCCCUUUCCCGCUUUCCUUCCCACCCGGAGCAUAUAGCCCGUCUCACCCGCCCCGCCCUCACCCCCCCCUUUCCAGCCACCACCGGGACAGCUCCGCUCCCCCCUCCGGGAAGGCGGGAGAACCCCCCCGCCUGCGGCGGGAAAAAGCUACUGCUUCUGUCCCCGAAUAAACGUCAGGGCCUCAUCUCUACUAACGGCAUCGAUAUCGCUGGUUUUGCGCUGCGAGUAGGCAACCCCGUAGCACUUAUCCGCGACCAUGACCAUUUCCUCGCGGAAGGUGGUGCAGAUGAACUGGCCGUUCUCGGACGUCUCGGAGAUGGACUUGAGCAUGGCUGCGACGGCGGUGCGGUACUGGGCGUCGAGGUUGGCGUCGAUUUCGUCAAAGAGGUAAAAGGGCGCGGGGUCGCAUUGUUGGAUGGCGAAGACGAGGGCCAGGGCGCAGAGACCUGGAGUAAGAGUAAAGUUAGCAUGGUUUGAACGGGUUGGGAGCUGGGGAAGGAAAGAGAGAAGAGACAGGAUGGAAGGCAGAUCAGACGACGAGGAGAGAGUAGUGAUGAGAGUCCGAGGCAAAAUGACAACGGAAGGAAAGAUGAAACAACAUGGUAAUGAUAAAGGGAAUGAUAAAGACUCCAAGGCAAAAGGACAAAGUAACGAUAGAAAAAAAAGGGCAUACUCUUCUGACCACCACUCAGCUGCUGAAUACGUUGCUGGUCAUCAUGUUUGCUAUUAAAACUAACAGCGAUACCGACACCGG